GUUCCCGCCGCCCUGAACCCGGAAGUGCGUCUUGCCAUUCGCGGGCGUGCGGGGCCGGCGGGAGCGCCCGAGCGCGGCCGAACCGAGCCGAGCCGAGCCCGGCCGAGUGCAGCCGAGGCGGCGGGGCGGAGAUGGCGGCGGCGGCGGAGCUGCAGGGGAAGUACCAGAAGCUGGCCCAGGAGUACUCCAAGCUUCGUGCUCAGAACCAAGUCCUGAAAAAAGGAGUUGUAGAUGAGCAAGCAAACUCCGCCUCACUGAAGGAACAACUGAAGAUGAAGGAUCAGUCCCUGAGGAAACUGCAACAAGAAAUGGACAGCUUGACCUUUCGAAAUCAGCAACUUGCCAAGCGGGUGGAGCUACUUCAAGAUGAACUUGCAUUAAGUGAAGCUCGGGGCAAAAAGAGCAAGAAAAGUGUAGAAUCCUCAUCUCAGCUGAGUCAAGAACAGAAAAGUGUUUUCAAUGAAGAUCUUCAGAAGAAAAUAGAAGAAAAUGAACGACUGCAUAUACUUUUCUUUGAAGCAGAUGAGCAGCACAAACGUCUAGAAGCAGAGCUGAGGAGCAGACUGGAGGUUUUGGAAACAGAUGCUGCCCAGCACCAAGCUGUGGUGGACAGCUUAACAAAGAAAUACACAGAGACCAUAGAAAAGCUGCAGAAUGAUAAAGCCAAACUAGAAAUCAAGUCUCAGACACUAGAAAGAGAAGCUAAGGACUGUAGGCUUCGAACUGAAGAAUGCCAGCAACAGCUAAAGAAUCUUCAAGCAGCUUUGGGCAGUAGACUGGAAGAAUCUCUAUGCAUAAUUAAUGAAAAAGUACCUUUUAAUGACACAAAUCAGCUGAAGUGCAGAGGAUCCCCUGGAGUUAGGAGUGCUCAGCCUUUGCAUGGCUUUGGUACAAGCAUGGGAUCUGCUCGAUACAAUGCUCUGAAUGUGCCAUUGCACAACAGAAGGAAUCAGCUGAAGCUGCGAGACCUUGCUGGCCAGGCCCUGGCUUUUGUCCAAGAACUUGUAACAGCUCUCCUGAACUUCCACACAUACACUGAGCAGAAGGUACAGAUCUUCCCCAUUGAUUCUGCAACAGACACAAUAUCACCCUUGAACCAGAAGUUCUCGCAGUAUCUCCAUGAAAACGCUUCCUAUGUUCGCCCUCUGGAGAAAGGAAUGUUGCACUUGUUUGAGAGCAUCACGGAGGAUACUGUGACAGUUCUGGAAACAACUGUGAAAUUGAAGGCCUUCUCAGAACAUUUAGCUUCCUACUUAGGCUUUUUAAGAAAGAUUCUUCCUUAUCAGUUAAAAAGUUUGGAAGAAGAGUGUGAGUCUUCUCUUUGCACAGCUGCUUUAAGAGCUAGAAAUAUGGAGCUGCACAGAGACAUGAAAAGGUUGACUGCAGUCUUUGAGAAGCUCCACACGUACAUCAGUCUUCUGGCCUUACCAAGUACAAGACCAGAAGGACUCCUUAGGACAAAUUACAACUUUGUGUUUACAAACAUUGCUGCAAGUCUUCAUGGAUUCCAUGACAUUUUAAAAGAUAUUUCCAAGCACUAUAGUCAGAAAGCCGCUUUAGAACAGGAAGUUCCAACUGCCACACAGAAGCUCAUAACUACAAAUAACUGUAUUUUAGUCUCUGUUGCUGCUUUAACAAAUGGAACGGGCAAGAUGGCCUCGUUCUUCAGCAACAACUUGGAUCACUUCAGCACCUCGCUGAGCUAUGGCCCUAAGGGAGGAGCAGAGUUCAUCAGCCCUCUCUCAGCUGAGUGCAUGCUGCAGUACAAGAAGAAGGCAGCUGCCUAUGUGAAGUCCUUGAAGAAGCCUUGUGCAGAUUCAGUGCCUUAUGAAGAGGCUUUAGCCAAUCGCAGAGUUCUCCUGAGUUCUACAGAAAGCAGGGAAGGUCUUGCACAGCAGGUCCAGCAGAGUUUGGAGAAAAUUGCAAAACUUGAACAAGAAAAAGAACACUGGAUGUUGGAGGCUCAGCUAGCUAAAAUUAAGCUGGAGAAAGAAAACCAAAAACUGAAGAACUCUCUUAGUGGACAUUUAACUGAAACUAUCCAGGAGCAUUCAGUUUUGCCAAAUAUAGCAGAACAAAAGAAGGAAACCACAGAAAAGAGUCUGAGGGAACCUAUUAAGAGCACCAGUCUGAUUGGAAUGUUGACUGUAACUACUGAUAAUGAAAAGGCUCCAGAUGCUGAGUCUCGUGAAGACCUGAUAAAAACUCACUACGUGGCCAGGAUAGCAGAGCUGACCUCUCACCUGCAGCUUGCUGACAGCAAAUCAGUGCACUUCCAUGCUGAGUGUCGAGCACUUGCCAAAAGGCUUUCUCUGGCAGAGAAGUCCAAGGAGUCGCUCACCGAAGAGCUGAAGCUCGCCAGUCAAAACAUCACCAGAUUACAGGAUGAAUUGAUGACAACAAAGAGGAGCUACGAGGACCAGUUAAGCAUGAUGAGUGACCACCUGUGCAGUAUGAAUGAAACCUUGACUAAGCAAAGGGAAGAGAUUGACACACUAAAGAUGACCAGUAAGGGAAAUUCUAAAAAGAACAAAAAUCGAUAGUUCACAGCUGAGUCUUUGGAAGCUGCUGCUGCACAGGAUGCAGAUAGUAACCGUUCAUUAGCCAGUUCCUGUUUGUUCCAGGAAGCUGAGGCUGGUUUUGGGUCUAGUAAAAACUGAAUUGGUGCUGUAAAUGGCUUGAAAAUAUGUAGAACUUGUAACAGAUGAAACAGAACUUAAUGUUGGCUCUAAACCAGGAAAUACACACUCUGUGGAUAAUUUAUAUAGUAAUUACCUUCAGUUUUUACUGUGCACUUUUUAAAACCAGGUUUUGAUUUCAUGUAACAAGUUCAGAUUUUGUAUAUUUUCAAAUAUGUUUCUGCAUUAACAAAUUUGGAUCGGUGCAGUAGGUGUCUAUUUUUGAGUUCUACAUUUAAUGGCCAGCACAUGUACAUUCCAUUACUUGUUAAUAACAGUUUAAAAACGAGUUUGGAGACUUUUUUUGGCCGUGCAAGCUGUGCAGUUACUGUAAAUGUAUUACUCCUGUUCUCAACCCUCUAAAAUUAAUUGGAAUUGUGGCUUGAAAUUAUUUUUACAAAUUCACCAAGUAAAUGGGAUCAUUGUUAGACUGCAACAGUGGAAACCUUUCCUGCUUGUAUUUGGCACUUUGGAUUUUGAAGUAAAGAGCACAAAUGGCUGAAUUGGGUUACUUCAUGAAAUUGCUUUAAGCCAUUUCUGUAACAUUUUGUUUACAUGUGUAUGUAUAUAUGUAUUGGUUGAAAUAGCUGUUUAAGGCUAGAGGAAACUGUGAUUGUCAUUUGCCCCAAAAGAGUGAAACAAUGUGUGUAGAAUAGAUCAGCUUACUGUGCUCUCUUACAGAAAAGAAGAACAUGAAAUAUGUAGAAGAUAAAAGCACUGAAUUUGCAAAAGGUCUUAAUGGAAUUGAGUUGUGAUGGAUUCACUGGGGGGGAUGCACAUGGCUUUUCCUGUGUUUUCAGAAGUUUGUGAACUUUAGGCCUCUCCUAAGGUGUUGUUUUUUUUUUUUUUUUUAAGUGAAGUUUAUUAUCACAAGUUUUCACAGCAUUGAUUUGUUGUUGGGGGUGGGGUUUGUUGGUUUUCAGUUGGGUUUUUGUUUGGUUGUGGUUUUUUGGUGGUUUUUUUUGUUUGUUUGGUUGUUUUUUUGUUUUUUGUGUUUUGUUUUUUUUUUUAAUCAGAUGCUGUGCUUCUCCACACUUUUUACACCAGUGUUCUGUUCCAUAAUUUCCAUUAUGGCACUUAUUUGUCCCACAGGGGUUUACUCUGGUAUCAGAUGUGCUGAAAUGUAUUAUCAGUAUGUAAUAAUAAAAUCAACCACAUGAAACCA